UUACAAUUAUAGUGUUCAAAGUUAAUUGGAGACUGAAGCCGGUUGAACCGGACACCAAAAGCGUUCGCGUUCUGUACGGAAAAAAGGUUCCUCCGUUUUCCGUUCGAAGAAAAGAACGAGAAGUCACGAGCUUGCCGGGCAAUAACGAUGGCCCGCGCGUGGGAUCGCGUCACCCCCGCCUCCUCCCUCCUCCUCGUCCUUCUUCCUCUUCUUCUCGCCGCCGAUGAGGCCGCCGAACUCGAAUCCUCCUCCAUCCUCGCACGGGGCACCCCUCCGAAUCCGAUCGUGCUGCCGCUCCUCCUCUCCUCCGUCAACUCCUCCGCCGGGCCCGAUCGCCUCCGCCGCCGGCAUCUGCAGUCUCCGGCCGCUAGCGCUCGCAUGGGCCUCUACGAUGGUCUCCUCAGCAACGGGUACUACACGACCCGGCUCUGGAUCGGGACGCCCCCCCAGGAGUUCGCCUUGAUCGUGGAUACCGGGAGCAGCGUCACGUACGUCCCGUGCUCCAACUGCGACCAGUGCGGCGAUCAUCAGGACCCAAGAUUUCAACCAGAUUUGUCAAGCACCUACCAACCAGUGAAAUGCAAUGCUGAUUGCACUUGUGAUGAAGAGAUGUUGCAGUGUACUUAUGAAAGGCAGUAUGCUGAAAUGAGCUCUAGUAGUGGGGUGCUUGGUGAGGACAUUGUAUCAUUUGGUGCAGAAAGCGCACUUCUGCCCCAGCAUGCUAUUUUUGGUUGUGAAAAUUCUGAAACUGGUGAUAUUUUCAGUCAACAUGCUGAUGGUAUAAUGGGACUGGGCCAUGGACAGCUCAGUAUAGUGGAUCAACUUGUCAAAAAGGGUGUGAUAAAUGAUUCAUUUUCAUUAUGUUAUGGUGGUAUGGAUAUUGGAGGGGGUGCAAUGGUUCUUGGUGGAAUAUCUCCCCCUCCUGAAAUGGUGUUUUCACAUUCAGACCCUGACCGCAGCCCAUAUUACAAUAUUGAGCUGAAGGAACUACAUGUGUCUGGAAAGCCAUUGCACCUGAACUCAAGGAUCUUUGACAGAAAGCAUGGAACCAUUCUGGACAGUGGUACUACUUAUGCUUACCUACCAGAAGAUGCUUUUAAAGCAUUUAAAGAUGCUAUAAUGAGCAAAGUACAUCUCAAACAAAUCCCUGGUCCGGAUCCAAAGUACAAAGAUAUUUGUUUUUCUGAUGCUGGAAGUGAUGCCUCCCACCUCUCAAAGAUCUUUCCAGAAGUUGAUAUGAUAUUUGGCAAUGGACAAAAGCUGUCUCUUUCUCCUGAAAAUUACUUGUUCCGGCACUCAAAGGUCCGAGGUGCUUAUUGCCUGGGAUUCUUUCAUAAUGGACAAGAUGCAACAACACUUUUGGGAGGAAUUGUUGUUCGCAAUACUCUUGUUACUUAUGAUCGUCAGAACCAAAGAGUUGGGUUUUGGAAAACUAACUGUUCUGAGUUAUGGGAGAAAUUGGAUAUACAGGGAGCCCCUUCGCCAGCGCCUUCAGUUUCUUAUAGUGGACCUCCAAUUGUUGAACUCUCACCAGCAUUAUCACCUAGUGGAAUGCAAAAUGAUGUACCACCAGGUCAAUUCCAAAUUGGGCUUAUAAACUUUGAUAUAUCGUUGAGUGUGAAGUAUCCAGACCUGGUGCCUCACAUUACGGAACUAGCAGAUCUGAUUGCUCAUGAGUUGGAGGUUGAUGCGCAACAGGUCCAUUUGGUGAAUCUCACAAGUAGAGGAAAUGCUACCCUAGUAAGAUGUGCCAUCUUUCCACUAGGAUCUGAUUCCAUUUCUAAUAGAACAGCAAUGAGCAUAAUUUCUCGCUUGAUUGAACACCGUGUUCGCCUUCCUGAAAAUUUUGGAAGUUACAAGUUAAUUGAAUGGAAUGUUGAGCCUCCAUCUAGACGGGCGUGGUGGCUACAACAUCUACUGGGAUUGAUUUUGGGAAUUUCUGUUGCUGUGAUAGUAAGUAUUUCAGGUUUUCUGUUAUGGUACCCACGGAGAAGCAGAUCCGGAGCUCUGGGAACGUACAGGCAGGUGGAUGCUGCUGUUCCAGAACAAGAGCUCCAGACAUUUUAGGGUAUAACUUUUGGUUUGAAAUCAUUGUACAAUGUAAAUUAUAUUCAGCUGUAACUGGCAACAUGAAGAAAGUUAGCAUGACCACAGUGAAUCAUGUUUUUCAUAAUUAAAGUCCGUUCUUUUUUCAC